UCAGUGGUUUGCUCAUCACUAAUUGUGCUAUGAAAUUGUUGAUACUAUAAAUUAACCAAGUUUGGGUUUAUUUAAAGCUGCACUCAUCAAUAUUAAGGUGAUAAUCAUGAAUUCUCUUCAAAGAUUCGAAGUCCCUUAAUAUAUAAUUGCUGGUUGUGAAAACAUUUGGACCAUUUGGAGGCUUUUACAUCAAACAAAUUAAAAAAAUGGGUCUUAUUGGUCAUGCAUUUUAUUUGAUACCCUGUAGCGCCUCCCAGAAGGGAGGAGGGCAAACAGUCUGUGGCUGGGGUGAGAGCUGUCCUUGACAAUGCUGCGCGCUCUCCGCAGACAUCUCUUGCCCUGGACAGCUGCAAUGGUGGGGAGUGAGAAACUGGUGAUGCGUUGGGCAGUUUUCACCACCCUCUGCAGUGACUUCCGGUCCGCAACAGAGCAGCUGCCAUACCACACUGAGAUGCAGUUGGUGAGGAUGCUCUCGAUGGUGCAGCGGUAAAAAUUCACCAGAAUCUGAGGAGACAGAUGAGCUGUCCUCAGUCUCCUCAGGAAGAAGAGACACUGGUGAGCUUUCUUGACCAGGGUUGAGGUGUUGAGGGUCCAAGAGAGGUCCUCAGAGAUGUGGACACCCAGGAACUUGAAGCUGGUGACACGCUCGACCUCCCUCCCGUUGAUAUGGAUGGGGGUGUGUGUGCCGCCUUUCUUCCUGAAGUCCAUGAUGAGCUCUUUGGUCUUCUUGGUGUUGAGAGCCAGGUUGUUGUUGCCGCACCACGCGUCCAGGUGCUGGACCUCUUCUAUGUAGGCCGACUCAUCGUUGUUGCUGAUGAGGCCAAUCAGCGUAGUAUCAUCUGCAAACUUGACAAAAGUAUUAGUUACAUGUACAGGAAUGCAGUCGUACGUGAAUAGUGAGUAGAGGAGAGGACUUAGCACACAGCGUUGAAGCACCCCGGUGUUCAGGAGGUGUGGUUCUCUAACCUAACAGACUGGGGUCUGUUGGAUAGGAAGUCCAGUAUCCAGUUGCAGAGGGAAGGGUUGAUGCCUAAAUCGCAGAGUUUUGUGAUCAGUUUGGAGGGAAUAAUUGAGUUGAAAGCUGAACUGAAGUCUAUGAACAGCAUUCUUACAUAGGAGUUGUUAUUGUCCAGGUGAGAAAGUGCGGAGUGAAGUGCCGUGGAGAUGGCAUCCUCCGUACUCCUGUUCUGGCGGUAGGCGAAUUGAAAGGGGUCCAGUGUGGGUGGUAAGCACAGGCCCUGAACACGGGUCCAGGGAUGCCAUCAGGGCCAGCAGCCUUACGUGUGUUGAUCCUGCUCAGUGCAGCACACAUGUCGAUGGAGGAGAGUGUGAGGGGCUGGUGGUCUGAAGUAAGCACAGCCUUGAUAGCCGCCUCCUGGUUUUCCCUGUCAAAGCGAGCAUAAAAGGUGUUGAGCUCGUCAGGGAAGGAGGCAUCACUGUUUUGGAGGGAGGUUCUAAUCCACAUUAUGGCAAGAACCACUCAACUAAGUUAAGAAAACCUACAGUUCAUCAUUACUUUAACACAGAAAGGUCAUUAAAUCCGAAAAUUUCAAGAACUUUGAAUGUAUCCUCAAGUUCAGUCGCGAAAACAAUCAAACGCUAUGAUGAAACUGUCUCUCAUGAGGACCGCCCAAGGACAGGAUGACGGAGGAUUACCGCUGCUGCUGAGGAUAAAUUCAUUAGAGUUACCAGCCUCAGAAACCUGGGGCCUAGGAUGAGUUGGACCACAGAGUGAAGGCAAAGCAGCCAACAAGUGCUAAGCAUCUCUGGGAACACUUCCACUGUUGGAAAACCUUUCCAGGUGACUACCUCAUGAAGCGGAUUGAUAGGAGUCCAAGAGCGUGCAAAAGUGUCAUCGAAGCAGAAGGUGGCUUCUUUGAAGAAUCUAAAAUAUAAAAUACUCUGGUUUGUUUAACCCUUUGCUACGGAUCACAUAUACUCUGAUGGGAAAUGGUGAUUGAUGGGGAUGGUAAAUUAGGUACUGUUAGAAGAAUUGUAUACAAGUUAUCAUGUGCUGAAUGUAUUGCUGAUGCAGAGUGUGACAGUCUGACAUUUGUGUGCAGUCUAGCACCUCUGAGUGCCACAUCAUGCUUUGCAAUAACCACAAAUAGUCUCAUUAUCUCACUGAAGUAUGUUUCUUGCCAUAUAAGGAAAUGUACCGAAAGCAAGGAACUUGCCUGGAGAGAUGUGACGGUCAAGAUGGUUUUUCUUAUAGUAUGCAAAUGUACCCCACCUCUGAGCUUUUGAAUAAAUACACUGUGAAAGGGAAGUACCGUCGAAGUUUGCUGCGACCUACUCAAAGGUGCGGACUUCCCUUGCAAGUAAAAACUACGUACGAGUGUAUGUGUGGUGUUUGAUUCAUGGAUUCUUACAACAUUGAUACAUGUCUGGGUGAAAUUCCCUCGACAUUUUUGGUCCUUCGAGCUGGAUGCCAGACCAGGGGAACAGAUCGAGAGGGAACUGAAGACUGUGCACAGCCAAAGUCCUGUGAGGUGAAUUCUUCCCAGGCCAGUUUGACCUGACCUGUUCCUUGGACUGGAUUGACGGCAUCCGAACAAAAAGAAGACGAUUCAAACAGUUUGUUCAGAGGACUCAGAUACAGACUGCUAGGCCCACCAUCCGGACGAACCGGCCUCCAUACAGCCUAGCUCACAGACUCGUACAGCUGUCUACACCAGUGAUUCUCAAAUGGGGGUACGCGUACCCCUGGGGGUACUUGAAGAUGAACCAAAACAGGUUGCCAUCUUGAGUCGUGGAUUCUCGGGUGAUAUCCAGUGGACAUGAUUUCACACCUGCCUUUGUAGAUUUUGGCAGACAGAUGGUUGGAGGACGAGGUGCUCCACUUAUAAACCUUGGGGCACAAGGACCACCGACCAGGAAGAUCUUUACGAGCCUGUCUGUGCACGACAGUGUUCACCUAAAGAAAUCAGGGAAUGCCUGGAAACCAGGCAUGAAGAGGGAAAGCCUCCCAGCGGAACCAGAGUCACAUAUAACACAGGACCUCUUCAAGAAGGGCCACAGUAUCCUGAACAAGGUGACGCCUGAGAAGUUCAACCAUCUGAUGAAGCAGGUGUGGGAUUUGACCAUCGAAACGGAGGAGCGGCUCAAAGGAGUCGUGGACCUGGUGUUUGAGAAAGCCAUCGACGAGCCCAGCUUCUCGGUGACCUACGGGAACAUGUGCGGCUGUCUCGCCACAGUAAGGAGGCCGCUUAGUUGAGCAGAGAAGUGUGUCAACCGUGGAACGAGAGUGUCAGAAUCAGAAGUAUUUUAUUGCUUUACACAUAUAAGGAAUUUGCUCUGGUUAUUGGUGCAUACAAUGAACAUAGAAACAUAAAACGCAAUAAAUAUAACAUACAUAGGAUAAGCAAUAAAAAAUGGAAAACCAGUAUAUAUUUACUCACUGUUAAAUUCUUAUUUACUCACUUUUUUCCAAUAUUUAUACAAAGUAGCAUUUAUUUUACAUAAACAUUUCUGAAUACAAAUAUAUGAACGAUAAAAGAUAUAAAAAGUGAAGUAAAAAGUGAAAUGCAAAAUGCAAAACAGUAAACAGUGUCCGAUUGCAAUAUGCAAAUGUAAUAUAGUAUAAUAUAAUAUGAGAUAAUGUGUUAAUUUAACACAUCCUUGAGGUGUGGGGGUGGAAUAAAAGUCAGAGUCAGGUGGGGGUCCCGGGCCUUGUUGAUGAGGCCAACUGCAGCCGGGAAGAAGCUGGUCUUGUGGCAGGCGGUUUUGGUCCUGAUGGACCGCAGCCUCCUGCCCGAGGGAAGAACCUCAAAGAGUUUGUGACCCGGGUGGGAAGGAUCAGCCACAAUCUGGCCUGCACGCCUCAGGGUCCUCGAGGCAAACAGGUCCUGUAGAGAUGGCAGAUUGCAGCCGAUUACCUUCUCAGCAGAACGAAUGAUACGCUGCAGCCUCCUUUUGUCGUUUGCGGUGGAAGCAGCGAACCAGAUGGUGAUGGAGGAGGUGAGGAUGGACUCGAUGAUGCAGGUGUAGUGCACCAUCAUUGUCUUUAGCAGGUUGAAUUUCUUCAGCUGCCGCAGGAAGAACAUCCUCUGUUGACCUCUUUUGGUGAUGGAGCUGAUGUUCAGCUCCCAUUUGAGGUCCUGGGAGAUGAUGGUGCCCAGGAAGCAGAAGGACUCCGCAGUGACGACUGGGGCAUCUCUCAGGGUGUUGGGGGUGGGUGGGGCUGGGUUCCUUCUGAAGUCCACAACCAUAUCUUGUGUUUGUAAUGUAAUUGUUUGAAUUGGAUUUGGAGAAGUACAUAAAUAUAGCUUUUUCGUAAACUGCCGCAUUCAUCAGAUGCAAAUAAAUUGAUUGGAGGA